CCAGCAUGUUCCGACGCACCAUGGCCCACCCGGUCAUACGGCAGUUUAUCCUGCGCACUGCAGUGCUCAACUAUCUGGGCAAGAGCUUGAAGCAGCAGUGGAAUGACUUGCGCAAGCUGAGCGCCGUUCUCGGAAAGGCGGAGGAGAAUCAUAAGGGCGAGGCCCAGCAGAUGCUCUCCCAGCUAGUUGAGGUACUACGUUUGAAGACGGCUGCGUCGCAUCGUCUGCUGAAGCGCGAGUACGACGAACUGUUCACCUACAUGAUGGACAAGCGCGAUCUGUGGGACAGUCCGGAGUACUUCAAGGCCAAGGCGGCGCUGGGAAUGGCCAUCCACAACCUGCGGACGUGUGCACCCACCAAAACCAUGGACGAAGGCCAGCCGAGAGGGAGAGUUGUGAACGAUAGAUAG